AUGGUAGGAGGAGGAGAAAAUGAAAAGAAGAUGAAAAUACUAUGCCUCCAUGGAUUCAGAACCAGUGGCAGUUUCAUCAAAAAACAAAUCAGCAAAUGGGAUCCUUCUAUUUUCUCUCAAUUCCAUAUGGAAUUCCCAGAUGGAAAAUUUCCUGCUGGAGGAAAAUCUGACAUAGAAAGCAUUUUUCCUCCACCUUAUUUUGAGUGGUUUCAAUUCGACAAGGAUUUCACUGAGUAUACUAACUUGGAAGAAUGCAUCACAUACUUGAGUGAAUACAUCAUAGCCAAUGGUCCCUUUGAUGGAUUUCUUGGGUUCUCACAGGGUGCAACACUUUCAGCACUUUUAAUAGGUUAUCAAGCACAGGGAAAAUUGCUAAAGGAGCAUCCACCUAUAAAGUUUUUUGUAUCAAUAUCAGGAUCUAAGUUUAGAGAUCCUAGCAUAUGUGAUGUUGCAUAUAAGGAUGUUAUCAAAGCUAAAUCGGUUCAUUUUAUUGGUGAGAAAGAUUGGUUGAAAAUUCCUUCUGAGGAACUUGCUUCUGCGUUUGAUAAACCUGUUAUAAUACGGCAUCCUCAAGGUCACACUGUGCCAAGAUUAGAUGAAGUUUCUACUGGUCAGUUGAAAAAUUGGGUUGCGGAAAUCGUUAGCAAAGAAAAGGUUGGUGUCUCAGUUUGUGAGCAUGAAAGGAAGGAAGAAGUUGAUAGUACUAAUGGGGUGGAAAUAAGCAAGGGAAAUGCUGAAACCAUAGAAGUGGUCGAAGCCGGAAAAUUUUAG